CGCUAGCAGGAGAAAGAGGGAGGAGAACGUGUUUGUCGAGAUACUUGGAGGCUUCAGGACGAUACCUUUUAAAAUUGAACAACAGAGCCGGGUGAGCCAAGUUAUUUAGUGCGUCAUUGAAAAAUAAUAACAGCCUACUAAUUAAAAGAGGACAGCAUGCUGACUUUGCCAUUUGAUGAACAGUCCUCCAAUCAAACCAUCAGUUCAGUAAGGAUGAGUUGGACCUCUAACAAAUUAGUCAAAUUGAUUAAGCCAGAGAUUGACAGAGCCCCAGAGGAAAGCCUUGAUACCAGGAGGGAGGAUGAACUGAGGGAUGUUGAAGUGAAGGAGGAGGAAAGUGAAGCAGGAGAUCCAGCUUGGCUCAGAAGAAGGGCUUCUCAAAAGAAGAAACUGAGCUACUCUUGCCUGGACCGGGUUCGACUACGACGGAUUGAAGCAAAUGCGCGGGAAAGACAACGUAUGCAUGGACUUAACAAUGCAUUGGACAGCCUGAGAAAGGUGGUUCCCUGUUAUUCCAAGACACAAAAGCUGUCCAAAAUAGAAACCCUCCGCUUGGCCAAGAACUACAUCUGGCUUCUCAGUGAGAUCCUGAGCACUGGCAAAAGGCUGGACUUGCUCACAUUUGUUCAGACUCUGUGCAAAGGUCUCUCUCAGCCAACCACUAACCUUGUCGCUGGCUGUCUCCAGCUCAACACCUGCAGCCUCAUCUCACAACCUGACGAGGAGUCAUUGUCUCUGUACGCAGCCUAUGAUCACCAUCCUGGUCCUGAGGCUGGGGGCUCCACCACAGCGGGUAGCGGUAGGUCUCUGCGGCCCUUUGGCUCUUUCUGCAGCCCCUUUGAGUCUGUAAACGACAGUUCCUCUCCAGACAGUUCUGGUUCUCUGGAUAUGGGGACUCUCAGCCCACCCUUCAACUUCAGUGGGCUUUUCACCCUCAAACACGAGGAACCGGUCGACUACCGAAGUUGUCACAAUGGUCUCCGCUAUUGUCCCAUCAAUCAGGCCUCCAGCUCAGACCUUGGUCCCUAUGACAUCCAACUCCGGGGACAGUUUUACCAGGUGCAGGGGGAAUUAAACAAGCCUUUCCAUAAUUAAUAAACAGCAUAUAAAUGGAUGAGUUCUUAAGAAGUUCAG